AUGGCCUCCACCACCUCACCCAUCGUCUCGAAAAUCCUCCAUCUAUCAGACCUCGAGCUUGCCCUCCUCCUCUGUCUCAUCUCCCGCGAACACGGCAUAAUAACCACUCCCUCCGCCUCUCUAUCCCUCCUCACCACCGAACUCUGCCUCGUAGCAACCCGUACCUUUGGGCUUACCUGCUCCAUCGUCGACUGUACGCCCUCCACAACCCUCGACGACUUCGCAUCCGCUCUCCUCCUGCCGCCCAAAUCCACCCAACAACCCCAACAACCAGAUUACUUUGCCCACGGCCCACGGCGAAGCGUACACGCAUCUCCGCUCUUGUCAAGCUCUCAAAUCGCAAACUGCAUCCUCGCCAAGAAUCUUAACCUGGCGCCCAAGUCUGUCCAGAUUCAGGCUCUCGAAUUACUUCGUACACGACGCAUAUUUACACGGACUUCAGUGCAGACUGCCCCCAAGCAGUUCAUCUUUAUACCCGUGUUGGAAGCAGAGGCUCCCGGAAAAGGAGAGCGAGUAACACCACACUUGAACGACUUCUUUUCGUUGGCGCAUUGGCAUGAUCCCGACCAGGGGUUUGUGAAUAUCGACGAGGAAGACGAGGUGGAGCGGGGAUCGGCGGAGAGCGUGAAUCGACGGAAUGACAGUAAUUCGGCCUUGGUACCAGAGAGCGAAAUCAGCCAUCUCGCACAACUCAGUCAACAAGUCCAAGUUGACAUCGAGGUGACCCGUUAUCAAAUGAAUAUUGUAUCCUUCUUACGCAUGCACCGUGCCGUAGCAGACGGCAUAACUCCUAAUGCAACAAAACAUCUCGACAAGUUGAUGCGGUGUCUUGCCCCCCUUCAUGGAGUAGACUUCGUGGCACCUGCACUUGUGGGUCUUGCUGUCAAGAAGGUAUAUUUACACCGGAUACGAAUUACGUCUCCAGAGGAUGAGCGUAGCAUGCAAUGGGGCAGCAAGUUGGAGGCCGUAGCGGCUAUAUUAGCAGACAUGGGACCCGAGGAAGUGGUAGAAGAUGUUUUAGGUAUGGUGACGGCACCGAUAUGA